UUUACAGUCGACGUCGACCGCUGCUCCAGUUUCUCGUCAACAACACGUAGACGAUGACUCUAUUUCCUAUCAUUCCAUUUCACUUGACGAUUGCGCAGCCAUGCCCGAGUGGGACGAUGAGCAUUGGGACUUUGGCGCCUCGUUCCUGGCCGAUCUGGAUUCUUCCCAUGUGUGGAAUGACACAUUGGAAAGACAACACUUUGGCCCGUUAAAAGACCUCGUCACCACCGGUGGUGGCAAGGCCGAUGGUCAUAGUUUUCAACUUAUCAAGCUAAAUAAGCUAAGUAAUGCUAUCAUAUACAGAUCUAUAACUCUAAUGCACCCUACAUGGUGUGAUAAGUGUGGCGAUUUCAUCUGGGGUCUGCUGAAACAAGCAUCUAAAUGUGAAAACUGUAAUUACACCUGUCAUACCCGAUGUAGAGAGCUGGUGACAUUGGAAUGUCGAUCAGCCGGUUCCUCACUUUCAUCUGGAGAGUUCCCUUCUAUGUAUCCCAAGCUCCUUGACGGUACUCUAGGAACGAUACCAAAGGAACUCCACCUGCCGCCUAUCCCCUUGUCACCAUUUAGUGAUUCCGACAAAGAGAAUGAUACUACCAGCGUGGAAGUGGGUUUUUUUGCAGUAGAUUUUAACUCUUCAAAUUUCUCUUAGUU